AGCGCGGCAUGACUCACUACGGAGCAGCCCGCGCCGCAGCGCGGCGGGACGGCCCGGCUCCGCGCCGCCCCGCGCAGGGGGCCGCGGCGAUUGUUCCAGAAGGGCGCGGGGCGCUCGCGCUAAGAAGCGACGAACGAUACCGGGGGGACGAUAAGCCCCGCGCGCGCAGGCGGCGGCAGGCGGCCCCCGCGCCCGCGCAGCGGCCCCCGCAGCAGCGCGGGGGGCGGCGGCGCGCGCGCACAUGUGACCCCGCGCACCAAUGCGGGCGGCGCUAGGGCCCCGGGGACCCGCGCCCGGCGCGGCGGCCCCGCCGCACUAUAAAUGCCUCUCCAAAAUGCAGCGCAGCUCCUUUCUCCCUUCCCCGCCGACCCCGCCGCUCCGCGCCCCUGAGCCGCCCCCGCCGCCGCUGCCUGGCGGGUCUCCGGCCCUGCUGCAAGCCCCGCUCCCCCUCCCCCCUUUUUUUUCCUCCCCCCCCCUUUUUUUUUUUUUCCUUCCCUCCUCUUCCUCCGGCGGCCGGUUUGCAUGCAUUGUUUGUCUCCCAAGAUGGUUUGUGAGACUAAGAUUGUGGCGGAGGACCAUGAAUCGAUGCCAGGAUCCAAAAAAGAUACGAUCAUUGUUUCUUCCUCCCAGAUGUGGCCCUCCUUGUCGGGCUCACCUCCCUCCCCCGCGCCGCCUCUGAGCGCCGCGAAAGAGGAGCUCAGGAAAGACAACGUUUACAUACGCGAAUUUCACCCUUCCGAGCAAGAGGUGGUGCGCCGCAUAUUUUACGAAGGUAUCAUGGAAAGGAUCCCUAACACGGCGUUCCGGGGGUUAAAGCAGCAGCCCCUCACCCAGCUGCUCUACGGGCUCCUGGCGGUGAUGUGCUUUGUGGUGACCAGGUCCUUCCUGCUGACCUGCUGCUUGCCCGUCGUGCUGAUGGGCAUGAGGUACUACUUCAGCAGGAAAGUUAUCCUCCACUAUCUCGACUGCGCGCUGCGCACGGACAUGUCCGACAUCGAGCAGUAUUACAUGAAACCGCCAGGCUCCUGCUUCUGGGUCGCCGUCCUGGACGGCAACGUGGUGGGGAUCGUGGCGGCCCGAGGCAACGAGGAGGACAACACGGUGGAGCUGCGCCGCAUGUCCGUCGACUCCAACUACCGCGGCAAAGGCAUCGCCAAGGCCCUGGGCCGCAAAGUGCUGGAGUUCGCCGUGCUCAACAACUACUCGUCCGUCGUGCUGGGAACCACGGCCGUGAAGAUGGCGGCCCACAAGCUCUACGAGUCCUUGGGGUUCAAACACGUGGGCGUCGUUGAACAUUACGCCCUGCCGGGGAUGACGCACUCCUUACUAGAGCGAAUGUUUUUCCAGCUUCGCUACCACCGCUACCGCCUGCAGCUGCGCGAGGAAUAAACCCGGCCAAGCACACGCACACGAAACACACGUUAUUUUUCUCCUCUCCCCCCUCUCCCCGCCCUCCAAAUUAAUAAAUCGCCCUUCUCUUUCUCGUCGCUGUUGAUUUGCCAAGCGCCUUCGUUUUGUCCCCUCAUUCCACGUUUAGUUUGCUCCGUGCAGCUUGGCUGUGCCGGCGAGCGUUCCCUCCUCGCAUGCUGCCGCCGUGGGGCCGGAGCCCCCCGGCCCCGCGUCCGUCCCCCCGGCGCCUGCCCCUGCAGCAGCGCCCCUGCAGAGCCCUCCCCUGUACAUAGCGAUUCCCCCCCCUUUUCCUGAUGUAAGAUAACAUAGUGACGCAUUCAUGGUAGUGCAGAAAUAUUACUUGAAUGCAGUUUUUGGUAUUUCAUGCACCAGUAAGUAGAAUAUGCAUUUGUCUUACCGUUAUUUACUGGUUAAUAGUUUUCAAAGAAAAUGCGGAGAGGAAAAAAAAAAAACCAGCCAGCCAACCCGCUUGCUACACUGCAUGAAGAGGAAGCGCGUGCACGCACUCGGCCGCCUCGCCCUGCCGCCGCGGCACCCGUCUUGCACUUUGUUUGGAUGUGCCUCAUUCUGCCAAAUGUCCGAGGGAACCUCGGCGCAUCCAAGACCCGUGACCUUGCUCCAUCCUCAUCCUCCCUCCCAGGCCAGCAGACAGACUCGCACCGUUCGAGCUCCGAGCCCCACCGUAACGUAGCGCGACGUGAGAGCAAGCCUCGCGCCUCCCCGCUCCCCGCGUCACCGCAGUCCCGGCCCGGCCCCGCAUGUGCGUUGGACCUUCUCCUUGCUGCCUUUUGGGGUGUGGUGUUUUGGGUUCCUUUUUUUUCCCUUUCUUUCUUUUUUUGGUUUGUUUUUAUUUUUGGUUAUUACUGUUCUUUUUUGUUUUGGCCUUUGCUGAAUGGUGUCAUCGAGGCAUAAUGGAGGCUGCAGUUCCUAUGGCAACACAUUUGCACAUUAAUGUGCACACCAAAUCCCGACACUUCGGAGAAGCAAUGUGUGAUGGAUAAUAGUGUUUUGGGGAGGGCGGGGGGCGGGGGGGGGGGACCAUACUUAUUAUCUUAACCAGCUGCUUGUUUGAUCAAUGUCGAUGGCCUCACUGCAGCCUUCCAUAAAAGGUAAUUAACUGCUUUAAUGAUGUCAGAUUUGUGAAUUGUACAAUGCAAAAAGCAAUGCAAAGCAGAUUCGGCAUGUGUCUGUACCCGGUAUGUAUGUACAGUGCCUGCCAACUACAGAAUAACCGAGACUACAGCUUCUUCUAGCCUGAAAUAUCAACUUUUAUAACUUAUUUAAACAAAUAGCAACUUUGCAUGAGUUACGUCUUGGGGAAGAAAAAUCAAUAGGUUUUAAUUUUUAAAAUGUGGUAGCAGAAGUAUAAAAAAACAUAUUUCUGGCUGCACUUAAUUUGGGGUGGGUGGAGGGAUUCAGCUAUGUUACUGCGUUCAAAGGGAAAAACCCCUUUAAUUUAGCUGGGGGGAGACGGGGGGUUACUAGUCUGUGAAGUAUUACGUGUGCGGGGAAAAAAAGCUAUCACGACGCAAUCGGUGAGAAGGACAGAGCAUAUGUUACUCGUGCUCGUACUUACACUAAACGCCUCGGCGUACCGGGAGGAGGCUGCGGGUGCCGCAGGGGCCCGAGGGGCAGGUCGAGCUGCGGGAGAAAGGGCAGGGCAGAGCGGCAGCGCGCGGGACGCGGCCCCUGGCUGAAACCGCAGCGUCGAGGCCGAAAAGCUUCGGCAGGGCUGCAGGAUCCGGCCGCGGGAGCGGGGCGGGCGCUGGUUCCUGUGCCCGGGCUCCAUCCCAGCCCCGGGCUGUCGUCCCAGCAAUAAGGGGGAGGAUGAGGAUGACGAAGGGCGCUGUAGCAAGAGACGGCGAGUUUGAUUAGCAAAACUGCUUCACGGGGCACUAUAUUUUUAAAAGUCUUUCUAUGCUGUACAUUUCUCCUGAAGCUGAAAUAAUGUACUGUUGGUAGGGGUUUUUGUAUAGUGUACAGAAAUGGGCGGAAUAUUUUCUUGCUGCUUUCGGUGAUUUAUUAACCUGAGUAAAAUAGACAAAUAUAAAAGCGUUAGCAAAAGUGAAAGAAAAAAAAACCACAAAACAGUUUGUGCCUUUUUUAGUUUAUUUUUCUGUUGCUAUAUAAUCACUGCACUAAAACCUUUCCAGAGGAAAAAAAAUUACUGGUCUCUUAAUAAGGGAGGCAUACAUAAAGCCUAAAUUGAGCAUUAAUUUUUUAUUGGGAUAUUUAAUUAAGGGACUGUUGCUGGUUUUAUUUGAUACCUGUGCCUUUGCAAUAAAGCUCUGCAUCCUGUCAGAAACACUAAAACUGGAAUAAAUCCCACCAGAUCGCACAGACACAGAAGUACCAUCAGGUUACCAGUAUUUCUUUCGAAACGUGCAGACUCUACCCGAUGG